UCCAAGUAUUCUUGGGUUGUUUAUCUAUCAUCUCCAAACUGAUUUACAAGAAGGGAAAUCUCGAAAGCUGCACGUGGUCGUGGUGUCCCGCUCACAGAAUGACCCCUUUAUCACAGCAAAACAGAGACAAAAUCUUUUCAAUCAAGACCCACUUUUGAUUCUCUUGAAACAGAGACUUCAUUGGCUGCUACACUAACAUCUGCUCAAAUGCUGGAGUCCAGAAAUGUGGAGUAUGUGGAGUUGGGGGUAGAGAAGCUCAAAAAAGUAUCAGUCAUCCAGCUUGUUUUUCUGAUCUUUUAUGAGGUAUCUGGAGGACCAUUUGGUGUUGAAGAUAGUGUCCAGGCAGCCGGCCCCCUUUUAGCCCUUGUUGGUUUUUUAGUUUUCCCAUUCAUAUGGAGCAUUCCAGAAGCCUUGAUCACUGCAGAAAUGGGUACUAUGUUCCCAGAGAAUGGUGGUUAUGUAGUGUGGGUUUCAGCAGCAUUGGGUCCUUACUGGGGCUUUCAACAGGGCUGGAUGAAAUGGCUCAGUGGUGUUAUUGAUAAUGCACUAUAUCCUGUUCUAUUUCUAGAGUAUCUCAAAUCUGCAAUUCCGGCAUUGGAGGAUGGUUUCAUCAGGAUCAUAGCAGUGCUAAUUCUAACGGCUGCUCUCACUUACUUGAAUUAUAGGGGUCUGACCAUUGUGGGAUGGGUUGCCAUACUAUUAGGGGUUUUCUCACUUCUUCCCUUUGUCUUCAUGGGAGUUGUGGCUAUUCCAAAACUGAAUCCUUCCAGAUGGUUGUUGGUAGAUACAGGCAACAUAAACUGGAGUUUGUACUUAAAUACCUUGUUGUGGAACCUGAAUUACUGGGACUCUAUUAGUACUCUUGCUGGAGAGGUGGAAAAUCCAAGUAAAACUCUUCCAAAAGCUCUCUUUUAUACUCUUAUCUUGGUUGUAUUUGGGAACUUUUUCCCUCUUCUGAUUGGUACUGGAGCCAUUCCAGUUCAUCGUGAUUUAUGGUCUAAUGGGUAUUUUUCUGACAUUGCUAAAAUCCUUGGAGGUGUAUGGUUAAGAUCCUGGAUUCAGGUGGCAUCUGCUUUGUCAAAUAUGGGUAUGUUUCUAGCUGAAAUGAGCAGUGACUCUUUUCAGCUUCUGGGGAUGGCGGAUCGUGGAAUGCUUCCAGAAUGUUUUGGCAGGAGGUCUCGACAUGGAACUCCGCUUGCUGGGAUCUUAUGCUCUGCCUCCGGAGUAAUUUUACUGUCGUGGCUGAGCUUUCAAGAGAUCGUAGCUACAGAGAACUUCUUGUAUUGCUUUGGAAUGGUUAUGGAAUUUAUGGCAUUUGUGAAACUACGAAUGGAACACCCAGCAGCAUCUCGGCCUUAUAAGAUACCUGUGGGAACAGCUGGAUCAAUACUGAUGUGCAUUCCUCCAACCAUCCUUAUCUUAGUGGUUUUAGCUCUUGCUUCCUCCAAAGUCAUGGUUAUCAGCAUCAUUGCCGUGAUUAUUGGGCUUGUUCUUGAGCCUUGUCUCCGCUACUCUGAGAAAAAGAGAUGGUUCAGCUUCUCCAGGGAUUCGGUCAUAGCAGACUUCCAUUCUGGGAACUACCAGUCAUCGUGACUGUCCUUAUUUACCUGUAUUUAUUUCUUUUCUUUUGAAUGGGAAGCUAUUCACUAUUCAGCCAUACUUUAUGGGCAUUUAGAUGUUCAUCCAA